CCGGUAUGAAACUUAAUGGGGAGCAUGAAGUGGACGAUUGGUCAUAGGGCGGCUGGCAGUGAAUUUCGAGACUUAAUAUACGUGAGCGUACGAACUCUUGCGCUGUGGUUGAUUCUCGUCAUGUGCUCCGCAUCUAGUCAGAAUACAGUGUACGUUGACGGUUGUUAUGUGCCACCCGACCGUGCGGGUUAUGGCGUGUUCUGGGCUAAAGGAGACCCGAAAAAUCGCGCUAUCAAGCUUCAAAUGCCCCAAACAAAUCUCACGGCUGAGAUCGCGGCUGCGGUAACGGCGAUAGAUCAAGCGAUAUCCUACAGGAUGAACCAAGUCUGUAUCGUCACCGACUGUGAUGCGGUUGUUGAUUAUUGGACCGGGAAGCGGAACGUGCCGGAACCUGGGGAUGAACCACUACGUUCGUGGGUCCUGAAGCUGCUAGCUUUCAAGGGGAAAUCGUUGAAUGUUACUUGGCGUAUAGUGGAAGCUCACUCAGGCGACGAGGGAAAUAAGCAGGCUGAUCUGUUAGCCAAACAAGGAGCUGGUUUGGCUUAGAUUUUGUAACUUUUUUCGACUACAUAUUAAUAAAAUUCGUAUCUGUGCUUACUGCCCCA